AUGCCCUCCCUCACUCUGACAAACCCGGAUAUGAUCCUGCCGUAUGACGGUAGUGAGCGCCAAUCCUCUACUCCCUCCCCACCUUCGCAGCUCGUCUACCUAUCCAAUUUGAAUGCCCGGUACAAUCCAUCUGAGCCUCAUUCUGCCUCCAGUUCAGGCGCGUCGGCCGGCCGAGCCAAGAAGAAUUUUUCGCGAAACUGGACCCACGAGGACGUCACUCCCAACCCGCGACGCUUGUCUGAUAUCGGGGAAGAGCUGUCGCCUAAGCGCUUUGGGGGGUUUGAUGAAGAGGAGGUAGGCCAGGAUCAGGGGCUCGGUGGUGCGCAGGGAGCUGCUCCUGAUGCGAAGGACAAUGCUGUGUGGAGUAGCUCUAGCUCGACGGUUAGUGCGGGGAGUUCACGUCCAAGGGAAGUGACUUCUCCAGCGACUGUUCGCGAGGCGUCGCCUGUCCAGAAGGGAAAUGCUAUUGGAAAGCCGAGCAAUGAGAAUGAGGAGGUCAAAAAGGUGCUAUCGCCUGACAGUGGUGCCCAUAUAUCUGGUAGCCAUAUUUCCACGGCUGCUGCUACGGGCAAAGGUCCUGGGGAAGAUUUCUCCUCGGCAAUCUUGAGUAGCGAAGCAGAGAGGAUCCUGGAGAAUGCAAAGAAACGAUUGAUGCUCAUGGAAGGCAAUCUGAAUCGCGCUCGUUCAACUACGCGCCUCACACCUUCACCCUCACCCUCGGCGCCUGGAAAUAUUCAGCCACUCGGCGGACACAAGCCGGCUGGUGGACUCUAUCAAUCGAUUUCUCGAGCUGAUCGUAGAGGAUCCACACUUCGACGGCAAUCGCUCAUAGCCUCGCAAGAUGCCUCUACUAACAGGCAUUCGCGCGUGCACAGCGACACAAAUUUCCCUUCUGAGUCGAGUAUGUCGAAUGAUUCGAAGCGCCCGUCUCGCUCUGUCAGUGCAAUGGGUGCCAGUACCUCGUCAUUUCACCAUGAUGAUCGGUCCUUCCAGUAUGAGCCGACGCGCGCGUACCUGACGCACCGGUCGUCGAUCUCAUCGAUCAAACCACCUUAUUCGGAAUCGCCACAGCCCGCGGAAUCACCGCAGCUCAUAGAGUCCCCGGUUCCCGAAGAGAGCACUUCAUCAGGCUCGCCUAGGGGACUGGGCAUCUCGGCAGACGACGAUUCAAACUCCAACCCGGGAGAUUUCAGUCCAGUCUACAGUUCAUCUGGUCCGCCCAGCCGUGCGCAAUCUCAGCUGCAGGUCCGCGACUUGCAGUACCAAAUGAAAGGUCUUCAUAUCAAGAUCUCAUCUCUCAAGGUCCGGACGCAGGAGGACAAUAUGCGUCGCCGAAGUCUACAGAGUCUGCGUACGCCUAGUCCUUUGACGCAAGCUGAUGCCUGGUAUGCCAAUGCGCUGGAGCUGCGGGAGGGACAAAGCAGCCGUGAAUCAAAUGGUCGACGAGACGUCAGUUCAGAGUAUGCUCGUGAGGCCCGUUCUUCUAAUGAACAACUGAACGCGGUCAAGCGAUCCGAGCGGACUGAGGGAAGCCCCGUGGACCACAAUCGUGCGAGCAUUUCCCAGGCUCCAGAUACCAGGCUGAAGCCUAGAACUGAGGGUUAUGAUGACGGAAGGCAAUCUGUUGCUGAAAGUCUGUACGAAGAUGCCGAGGAAGACUUUGAGGACGGCGAUAUCGACCGUGAAGCGUUGGAUGAAAUUCUGCGGGAGCCACUCGAUGAAGACCUUCAAAGCCUGGAUGAGUUCCCUGGAGUUGAUACCCGACCCCACGAAGAGCGAGAAGACGCUUUUGACUAUGAGCAUUUCAUUCUCCACAGUGCCCUUGGCAACUACUCCCGCCAGAUACGCCGACCAAGCCAAAGCUCUCGUGUUUCAGUGGAAACGACGCGACCAAACCGGUCUGUGCGACACUCGCGUACCAACAGUGUAAUGUCCGACUCGACAGUAGCCACGUUUGCGACAGCUAUGGAGGGAGAUAUGCCAAUAGAGGAAGAUGACUUGCUGUAUUGGGACCGGAAGUUCAAUCAUGAACUCCGCCACCGCCAUUCACAAAGCCGGCAGGCCAAUCCCAUCCAAACUGACCGCUCUGUAACUCCUCGUGGGGUUCGGAAUGGCGAAGAUGAAGAUGGUUCUGCCACACCUGUUGAUCAACAGCUGACCCCUCGUCGUGUGGAUAUGACCGGCCGCUCCUCAUCCGCUACCGCCGGCUCUGCGACUCCAACCUCUCUUGUCUCGUCUCUUGUUUCCACUGUGCGAGCGGCUGCCAGUCCGCACCCCGGUUCCGUGACCCCAACCUCUGCUGGUGGUAUCAAUGACGAUGAUACCCAGAUGCUCGAGCAACUAUUCUCAAGCUUGGGCAACGUCUGCAUGGAUCUCCAGGCUAUCAUGACCUCCCCUGAUCCCGACCUGAAGGAGGCUCGAGUACUCCGGCGGCGCCUGGAUGCUGCACGGAGAGUGCUGGACGGAGAACUCGAUACUUGA